AUGCCAAAAUCUUAUUAUUUAAACUCUCGUCUUCUAAAUGCUUUAUUAGAUGCAUAUAUAAAAUGUGGUGAUAGUUCAAAUGGAGAAAUUCUUUUUUUAAAAAUGAAUAAAUCUAUUGAAAAUUAUGGAAAUUUAAUGAGUGGAUUUAAUAAGGAAAAUAAUCCUGAAAAAACAUUAGAUUUAUUUAAUAAAAUGAAAAAUGAUGGUAUUCAAGCAAAUAUUAUUAUUUAUCUUUGUCUUAUUAAAGCUUUAUCAAGAAUUGGUGAUUAUUCUUUAUCUAUAUCAAUGAUUAAACAAAUUCCUGAUUCUUUUCUUCAUGAUAAUCAAAUUAAAACAGCAUUAAUUGAUAUGUGGGGUAAAACUGGAUAUGUUGAUAAAGCAAAAGAUAUGUUUGAGAAAAAUCUUCAACCAGAUCAAGCAAUGUAUAAUUCAAUGAUUCAUUGUUAUGGUUUAAAUGGAAAAGCUACUGAAGCAAUUCAACUUUAUCAUCAUAUGCCGAAAGAUUUUAUUGAUGAAAUAACUAAUGUUUGUACUUUAAACGCUUGCUCACAUUCAGGAUUAAUUGAUGAAGCUCGUUCCAUCUUUCAAAGUAUUGAAAAUAAAACAGAAAAUAUUUAUGGUGCAAUGAUUGAUUGCUUUAGUCGUGGAUCAUUUUUUGAAGAAGCACAAAAAUUAAUUGAUCAAUAUGAAUAUUCUCAUCCACCUGCCGUAUCAAUGUAUAGUUAG